ACCGACUCGCUUUCCUCCCGCGCGACGUGUAUUUCAAUAGUACUCGAUCGAUUGCCAUGUUCUCCACAAUCCACAAGUAUGAAAGCAGGCGUCGUGCAAGUAGUAGCCCACAAAGCUCGCCAUCUGGGAUCUCCCCAGUGGACGGAUGCCCCCCACUCUUCUAGUUGUCAAAACAUGGCGUUUCAUCCAACUACCACAAGCGUUACCUUUUGGUUAUAUUUGAGGGUGGACGUGGCCCUGUACAGAGCUGGAAAUGAAAUGGCCAUCACCGGGAGUCGAGCUGGCAGCAAGAAUGCAUCAAGCCAAACCCUCAACCGCCCAAGCACAAUUCAUUUUUCCUUUCUACACUUUCUGGAUCGGACGGCAAAAAGAGAAAAACCACGUCGUACUGAACUUUGAAGACGUCGAGGAGCGAGAGGAGGCGUCCGUAUGUCAUGGGAUGUGUGGUGAUCUUCGAAGAUAAAAACCACGAGAACAUUUC